UGUAAUUAUGCUACUUCUUUACCAUCGAUCUCUUUCAUUUUCGUACAUCUCGUUGUAUUUGUGUAUUCGGAUUUAUGGGAUUUCUCUAUGCGUGAUUAUGCACUUGAUGGAAUUUUCUACGGAUUUAGUUGAAUUUGUUUGUUUUCUAGACGGAUCUGAUUCGGUGACUCGCUUUUUCGACUUAUGUCAAAUCAUCGCUUUCACGGAAUAUCCGUACACGAGAAUGUGCUGAAUAUCUGUGGAAUUUGGAGCACUCUCUCUAUUUUAAUUUAAUUUUCGUGAUUCACAUCGAUAGUACACUGAUUUUGAUCCUUCUUUUUGAGGUAAUCAUGUCAUCCAUAAUUCUUUCUACACCAUCCAUGUUCAGAAUUGCACCCCAAAGCUACAUCCCACCUUCUGCUACAUCACUUCCAAAACUCCAAUCAUGUCUUCCAUCACUAAAGAGCGUCUCAAAAGCUUUUGGAUUGAAAUCCAGCCAAUUUUCAAGGACAACUGCCAUGGCUACAUACAAGGUGAAGCUCGUUGGACCAGAUGGAGAUGAAAACGAAUUUGAUGCACCUGAUGAUUGCUACAUCCUUGAUUCUGCUGAAAGUGCAGGGGUUGAGCUUCCAUAUUCUUGUAGAGCAGGUGCUUGUUCCACCUGUGCGGGAAAGAUAGUUGCAGGUGCUGUUGAUCAAUCCGAUGGAUCAUUUCUUGAUGAUAAUCAAAUGAAGGAAGGUUAUGUUUUGACUUGUAUUGCUUACCCUACUUGUGAUUCUGUGAUUCAUACUCAUAAAGAAGCUGAUCUUUAUUGAGUUCUUGUAGUUGUGUGUCUUUGUUGUGUACAAUCGAACCUUUCUUUGCAUUUUAAUUAUCAAAUGGUAGUUUGUGCCU